ACAGGUGAGCAGCAUGACUAAACCAACACACACCAAACAACCAAACAGGAAGGAGUACUGAAUCCUGGACUUUAAACUGUCACUGCUGCAGACUUUGUCACCUGCAGCCAAUUAUUUUUACGGGGUGGUUCUGGACAGAAAAUGGACAUGGAGAGGCAUUAGAUAAACUACAGCAACCUCUCAUUCCCUGAGCAGUCCCUAUGUACAGCUGAAGCGCAAUCCACCAAACUAAAACACUGACAGAUUUAACUAACUUUAAUUAAAUAUAUUUGAGCUCCGGAUACAAGCAAGUCUCGGGAAUGACCUUUCAUGAGUGAGAUGUUAUUCGUCACAUGCACCCAACAGCAAGAAGCGACCAUAUGCACCAUUGCCCUUCACUUCACUGUACAGUUAUGAUCUCCAGGAUAAAGAGCAGAUCCUCUCCUCUCAAAGAAAAGUAAAUUGUACUUUGGAGAUUGAGAUGCAGCUUGUUUUGGUGACUAAAAUAGCAGAGGAGAAAGAGGAAUGUCUGAGAAAAAAGGGAGUAUUAGAGAGAUGCAAAGGAGAAGACUGGGCUGAUUAUCGUCCCUCGUUGCCAGAAUUUUAAGAGAACACAACAAACUUGUGCAAUUUUUAUGGCGCCUGUCCAUGGGAACACAUCCAAGGCACAUUGGAGCUGACCCUCCUGGGAGGUCCUAUUAGAUAGAUAAUAAUACUUCAUGAAUACCAAAGUGAGAACACACUUCUUCCAUCAGAUUUCAGCUGACUACAGGACAACAUUUGGAAAGAUUAUUGCUGAAGGCUGAGCCGUGACCGGAAGAAGCAUCUUGGAAAACUGAGCUACUCCUUUCCUUGUCCCGUUUUGCUUUCUUGUUGCUCUAAACCUAUUCACAAACAGCCAGUAAGGACUAAAUCUUCCAUCUUCCAACUGGACAGGCAGUUUCAUCUUAUCAGAAAAAGAUUGAGCUGACUGGAAACAUUCGCAUAUCCUCCUUCUGAGGGCUUUUGUUUGUGCUGCUGCGCAAGCAUUUUACUGUGGGUAGCAAUGGAGAAGGGACAUACGCCUAUCAGGAGAGGGGUGAGCUGGAGUCCAGGAGGACUGAGGAAACCUCUCCAGGCAACGCAAAACAUGCACACUCCUGGGACAGCUUGCAGUGCAUCAUGGGAGAAGACAGGAUUCAACAAAGAACAGAUGAGUCGGAAAACAAAUCUUUCACGGAGCGCCAGUUUAUCAGAGAAGGAACUAAAGGAGGCUCGUGUCAGGAGUCAAAUCAUUGCUGCUCAGCUCAACAUCCCUUCCAACUCAAGCUCCAGAGGUGUGCAGCUCUUCAACCGGCGCAAGCAGAGGGUUAACGCUUUCACUCUCGAAAGCUGUGGAGAAGGGUCAGGGGAGGACAGAGCUGAGAAUGUGAAAACCGACCCUUCAUCUAACAAACUAACAUGGGCAGAGAGGAGCAGUGAGGAAAAGGACAGAGACCUGAACUUUAAAAAUAGUGCUACUAAGCCACUGUCAAAACCUGGGAGGGUGCUUUUAGUAGGUGAAAUCACGGAGGACCCAGAUAAGGAUUUCCACAAGGAAGAUAACAUGGAGGACUGUGUUAUCCAAGAGAGACAUUUCCUCCCUGUCAAGGAAGAGCAGGAGGAAGAGGAAGAGGCAACAGAUAACAUCUACGAGGAGCCUGAGGACAAGGUCAAGGAGAUUCCCCCUGGAAGUAAUAAUACUGAUCCAGUCCCAAUUGGACUUGCUGAAGGUGAAGCAAAGAUAAAUGGGGGCCACACAGGGCCAGUUCCUGCUGGAAAGCUUCUUAAUGGCAGCCGCAGUACCUCUGGACCCGAGAAAGUGUCUGUGUCCACAUCCAAGCAGACAAGCACCAUUAUCAAUAGAACUGCUAGGCCCUUUUUCUCUCCACUGACAGUGCAGUCUCCAGAGGCAGUUAGCCCUGUCAUGGACAUUCCCCCUCCUCCUUCUUACGCCACUCCUCCUCUUCCUGCUUUCACUGCUUCCCAGCCUGUGGUGCUCUCACCUCCACCUCCUCCUCCAUCAUAUCCCACACCUCCUCUCCCAGCCUUUACAAACCAGCCCCCGCAGACCUACUACUCCAGUCCAUCUCCGAUCUCUCCCGUCAUGUCCCCUUCAUCCCUUCCACCACCUCAGUGUCCUGUUGCUUCUCAAUACCCACCCUCACUCCACCAUGGUCCUCCCACAGCUCCAAAGCCCUCCACCUUUGUUCCUCAGUCUGCUGGAGAGAGGAAACCAAUAACACAGAUUAAAACAGGAAUACUCGAGGAGGGCGCUGCUAGAAGGGCAAAUAGGAAGUCAAUGUUCACUUUCAAAGAGAAGCCAGUGGUACCUCCAAACCCCGAGCUGCUCUCUCUGGUUCAGGGAGCUGAUGAAAGGAAAAAACAUGGACAGAGGUCUGUGCCUGAGCCAUCAUCUGAGGAAGAGUUGCUGGCUUUGGGUGCAGAGGCCUCCAAUUUCCUUGCCAAGGAAGAGGACAGGACCGAAGAGGCAAGAGCUCCAGAAUGGGCCUCUUGCCUCAAGAGCUCCAGGACCCGACCAAGGGCAGAGCACAGACCAGAGCAGACCCUCACCAAUGUUUCAGGAAAGGGGGCUGAGCUGUUUGCCAAGCGUCAGUCCAGGAUGGAGAAAUAUGUUGUUGAGAAACAAAACACCGGACAAAUUAGGUCUCCUUCUCCCACAAUGUCUCUGCCUCCAUCUUGGGUGUACCCAUCAAAUAUGCCUGGCAGGGUCAAGGCUAUUGCUAAAAACUCUGACAUGAAUGCUCAGCUUUCACAAAACCUUAAGACCCAACAAGCAGUCAAGCAAAAACCAAGGCAAAAAGCUCCAGCACCAGAACCAGUUCCAGAGCCUCCUCCUUUAGAGAAUGGUUGCUCCAAGAUAGAAAUGGACCUGUCAAGGCACCAGCCUUACCAGCUUAACUCUUCCCUGUUCAUCCUUAAUCCAGUUAAGGACCCGAUCAGUACCCUCCCCAGAGGAGCACCUCAGCCCAAGAACCAGAUUUCUACCCAGCCAUUCUCUAGACAGACUUCCUUACCUAAUCAGGCUCCUUCUCAUUUCAGUACCCAGUGUAUGUCCCCACAACUGUCUCUUAGCCCUAUGAGAGGAGGAUCAGAAUAUCCACCAAGUCCAGUAUCUGGGCAACUGAGGAUCAGCUCUCCCACGUCUGCCUUUUCUCCAGAGCGAGUGUCCUCUCCUCGGUCAGGGGUCCAGGCACCAAGGCCCACAUUUUCUGCCAAGAAGGCAGGGAUUGCACCACAGACACCAAAGGCCUCCCCGGUUGAAACCCCCAGUGAAACUCCACCUCCAACCAGGACAUCCAGCCUCACCAGAUGUUUCAACAGUCCAGAGGGCCCCACCACUGAACACUGGGCUCCCAGCCUCCAAACUAAUUGCCCCUCCACUUACACCCCCACAUGCUCAGUUACUUCCCCUGUAUCUUCUCCCAGGGGUACAGGAUGCCAGUCCCCUGUGACUAGUCAGAAUAUCCAGUUUUCCACAGUAACCUCCACGGCAACAUCCACACCCUCCCAAACAUCUACAGCCACCACUUCACGUUCUCCUCCUUGGAGUUCAAGGUGUCAGUCCCCAAUGAUGAGCCAGAAUACCCAGUCUUCUGGCAUCUUCUCCAUUCCUAGUUUCAAACCUGCCCAAACUUUUGUGACUACUUCACCUCUUUAUCCUCCUUGGGGUUCAAGGUGCCAGUCUCCUGUAGUAAGCCAACACACCCAAUCUUCCCCUGUCUCCUCCACACUCACAUCCAGACCCUCCCAGAGCUCCACAGCCACAUCCCCAUGCUCUCCUCUUUGGGGAUCAAGAUGCCAGUCCCCAAAGGUAAGCCAGAAUACCUCUACUGUUGUCUCCAUUUCCACACCCAGACCAAACCAAACAUCUACAGUCACAUCUCCUGUCUCUCCACCUUGGGGUUCACGUUCCCAGUCUCCUGCACUUUCUCAGACCAGUUUACCCUUCUCCACUACUAGACCUCUGCACACAUCCUCUGCCACCUCUCCUGUUUCCCCACCAAAAGACAGCCGCUGCAUGUCCCCCAUCAUUAAUAACCUAGACUCUAAAGCUAACCAUCGCCUCCUGGCCAAAAACAUCAUCAAUGCAGCCAAACGUAAAAACAGUCCCUCUCCUGGAGCACUAAACAGUCACAGUCUCCCCAUCUCACCUUUGGGGAAUUCCCACCAUGGUUAUGACUGUCACAAACCACCUAUCAGCCCUUUCCAGUCGCGGUCAUUGGGGGCUCAGUCACCUACCUUCACCAGCCCUCCUCCCACCCCAACGCAGAGGAUCUGCUCCCCCGUGAGGCUCUACAACACGCGAUCCCUCACUGACUCUGAUGCAUCUGUCGAGUCUGAAGACUCAGGCCUCCGAUCACCUGGCCUGCACUCCUACAACACUUGUCCCCGCGGCUGGGGUGGUAGCAUGAGGGUAAAGAGAAGCACCGUCUCCACUGACCUGUGAGGAUUCUCCAGCCAAUUAAAGCAUUAUUUAACUUUUCAUAGGCCUUUGUGGCAUUGGUUCAACCAGUUAAAGAGUUUCUGAUGGCGGUUUAUCAGACCAAUAUUAGAUAAGUUAUCUUUCUGUAACUUUGAAAACUGAUCUUAUUGUGUCACAGUAGAGUUAGUAUUUCAUAUGACUCACAUUCUUAGUAUGGACUGACAAGAACAAGCUUUUACAUGCUGUGGCUUGUACGCUUCUUACAUACCAAAAAAGUGCGAAAGACUCAAAAUAACCAAAGAUUACAAUGAAUGUUAUACUUUUUAUAUCUUACACCAACAAACAUACUCUCAUAGCCACUGUUCUAAUUAAGUAGAGUUUGUGAAAAGGGGUAUUGGUUUUAAAUAUUAUUAAUGAAUUGUUAUGUUUGCUGGUCUGACGCAAGUCAAAAAAGGGAGAGACUUGAAGAUUUUAAGGCAUAGAAGGGAUUCAUGGAAUGAAUAAUCCAUAAAUAUGUAGCACAAUGGACUGUGCACUGCUUUGGUCUCUUUGUACUGUAAUAGUAAAGGAUCAAAUUUAACUAUACAUUGAACACUGAUUUGCAUUGGGUAAAACAAGUUUUUCCAUGACAAAAAACACAGCGGUAGGUGGUAAACAUGCUAUUCAUAUUAUCAUACAUCGUCAAACAGACUAUUUCGCUUUUUAAUCAAUGGAAAAUAAAUCAUAUGCAUAAUUGUUGCAGUGCAAUAAUCAGGAUGUAUAUACUUUGCUUUUGUGUACUGCAUUUGCUAAAAUGAAUGUAAGUUUUACAGGCGGAAUGACAGAAUGACGAAAAAAAGGGAGUGUUGAGUAUGAAGAGUUAUGUCAAGGUUGGAUGGGGCAUUGGCGCACCUGCUCAAUUGAACACUGAUCACGUUCAAGACAAAAAGAUUUCAAAAUUUUUACGAGUUGGACAACAAACAAAUAUUAGCUGUUAAUGUGCAAAUUUAAUGGUUCAUUGACUGUAGUAUUCAUAUUAGCAACUGAUGUAUGUAUGCCAAAGUUUUGUUGCUUUUGCUGACCACAAACAGUGACUCUAUUCCAAAUAAGUAAUGAGGAACAGAUUAGCAUAUUUUGUGGCUGUACUUAUUGUACAAUGUGUCUGUUUGAAUGAGGUGUAGAAGCAAAUGUGUAUGUGACACAAGCAGAGAAGGUACAACAAAACGUUGUUAAACUUUCAUAGCAAAAAUAGGGUAGAUGAAUGUUGUAUGUUUUGAAAGCAUUUGUGAGAAAAGGAUCAGAGGAAUGGAUUCUAUUUUACAUUCUCUUUAACUUCUAAAGGUUUUUAUACUUGAUUUGCACUUGUGUUAAUUCCAUUUCAAUUGUUUAAGGCAUUGUUUAAUACUUGAUUUGCUCAAGCAGGUGUAAUUCAUAAAUAAAACGUGAUAAUGUAAAUCUCAGAACAUUCCUGCACAAUUCAACAUGUUGACGUGCUGGUGGAUAUUAGCAGUAAACAUGACUGCUGCCUGCAAACCACAUGGCUUUCUGUUUUAAGUGUGGGCUCUUUGAAAGCCAUUUUAUUCUGUUCCCAACAUUCCCAGUCCUGUAACAACACACACAAAAAGUCAUUCCUUCACUACCUGACAUGCAGGCCAAAAGCAUCAGCACAUUUCUAAAUAUUAACUUCUGUGUGUCAUUUGAGUGACAGGGACACCUGCUACAUGGUGACCUGGCUCCUUCAGCAGAAUUUAACCUAUCACUGUCAUAGAUUGGUUUCAACCGGGGUCACCUCUCGACAAACCAAACACUGCUGCAUCAAAUGCAGAAAAUAAUCCUUUGCUGUUUUAAAUUUUGCAAGCAGGUUUUGGGGAGCUCAGUGAUUGCAUAUCUGCGUUUUUGAAUACAGCUAAUUUCUCCUCUCAUUUCGCAAGUGUAUGAUGUCUGAAAAUUAAAGUGUUGAUGCACCAAUUUAAA